AUUUCUUGUUCCACCUCUCCCGUUUCCCUCUCUACUCAGGAACACAAAAAUGGGGAAGCAAAGCAAAGCCAAGAAGCAAGAACAUGUGGGAAAAGGAAAAGUAACGCCAGUUCAGAUCGCUUUCAUCGUCGAUCGAUAUCUGUCCGACAAUAAUUACAUCCAGACGCGCUCCAAUUUCCGAUCCGAAGCAUCGCAUCUAAUCGCCAAAUCACCCGUUCAAGAAGCUCCGAAGAGCUUGCUCAGUUUGGGGGCGAUUUUGGAUGAGUACAUCACAUUGAAGGAGCAGAAGGUGUUGAUAGAUCAAGAGCGUCUCCGAUUGGAACAGGAGAAAUUUCGUGUUCAGAAUUUGCUGAGUGGAAUGCAGGAGGCUAUGAAUGCUUAUAAUAGCACUGGAAGUAAUGUUAUUACCCCUCCCCCACCGCUGCCGCCGCCCUCUGCUUCGGUGUCUAUGACCUCUCAGGCUGAACUCGCCGUCGGGAGGCCUGCAGGCUAUUAUCCUAUGUACAACACUCCAGCUAUGAUGUCAACAUCCAGGCCGUCCAAUACUAGGAAAGUUAGCACACAUUUAUCCACUCCAAUCACAAAUCAAGCACCAACCAAAAGAAAAGAAAUCAAAGAUAUCUCAGAUGGUGCUGGAGCUUCUAAGAGGACUCGUAGAAGUAGUACACAGUCUAAAGAUGCUAGCAUAGUUACACAAUCAAACAAUGUUGUCAAGGAUCAAGAAACAACUGUGACAAAUUCUUCUACUCAGUCGUUUGCUUGUGGUAAUGCCAACAAUGGAUCACAAGUUCAAGGAACUAACGUUGUGAAAUGUCUUUUCAACCAAGAAAGUUCAUCAACACGAGCACAUUCACCCGUCCCAAAAACACCCCCACUAGCAUCUCCUUCUCAAACUGAAAAGUCCAGUUCCCCUUUAGAAAUUUCAACUGCUAAUUCCAGUAAAGAUGUUACUCCCCAACAGAUUAUCUCUACCAACCGCACAAUAAUCUCCUCAGAGACCAUACUCGUGAGCCCUAACAAGCAAAUAUCUUAUUACUCAAUAGAGAGAAAUCAUGUUACUUGCUCGCCUAUUAAGUCAAAUUUGAAGAGGUCCAACAUGAAGGACCAUGUUAAGGGAAGGCUUGAUUUUGGCUCUUCUGAAAUGCCAAUGAUCAUGGAGAACCAAACAAUUGAUGGCAACUCAACAUCUGAAUCUGAGAAAGAAGGGGAUGCUCUUGACUUGGAUUUCUCGAGUUUAGACACUCUUGGUAUGGAUUUCAACCUUUCAGACUUUCUGUUGGACUUUGAUAUUGGAGGUGACUUGGCUUCAUCUUCGAGGCAAGAGUUAGUUUCUUCACCGGAUACAUGUUCGGGGUCACCUCUUACCUCUGGAAACAUUGAAAUGGGUACUACUACACAAAUCACAUCAGAAUAUUCCUCAACCAUGGCAGGACUUAUAGGGGAUACAAAUAUGAACUUAACUGGUGCAGAUUCUGUUUCAGCUAUGCGAUCUGUCACCAAAUGUAUAACAAUUGUUAGCCCUGUCAAAAAUCAGAGAAUGAACUCUGCUCAGAGUAACUAUUUGAUAGGCCAUGAUUGACACUAGUAACCUCUUCAUCCCUAUAACACUGACAAGCUACAAGGGAUCACCGACAACAGCAUUCACACUUGGGGUCUAGAUUUGCUAGAAUUGAUUUAUUGUUUAUGCAUGAUGUAAAUGCACUAUAAUUAUUCAUAGACUUAGUAUUCUAAUUUUGUUCAAACGUUGACAGUGUAUAGGAAAGAAGUUAAUCAACAAUGCAUGAAUGAAAUAUCUUUUGUCUG